CAGUGUCAAGUCGAAGAAGUUAAAAUUCGCAGGAUAUAAAUAAUUUGACAUACCGUAUAUCGUGUUCAAAGAUGUCGGAUGAGGCAGUACAAUCUACGAACGAUGAUGCUGCAAUGUGUAAAAGGUUUGCUGUGCAGCAAGGAUACUGGAAAGAUCCAUACAUCCAGCUUCUUGUGAAAAGUGGUCAGAGAAGAGCACCAGAGAUAAAUAGAGGUUACUAUGCAAGGACUCAAGGCAUGCAAACCCUCCUUGUUCAGUUCCUUCAGCUUACUAAGAAGUCUUGUCAGGUCAUCAACCUGGGUGCUGGCUUUGAUUCACUCUUCUGGAGGCUCAAGGAUGAAGACUUGCUUCCUGAUCUCUAUGUAGAGGUGGACUUUAGACCAGUGACAAGUAGGAAAUGUCAGAAUGUGAGAACACGCCAAAAACUGAUACAAAGUGUUCAGGAAACCUGUGAAGGCAAGAGCGUUGUAAUCGAGGAUGCACAACUCCAUUCACCCAAGUAUCAUAUUUUAUGGGGAGAUUUAAGAAAUGUUGAAGAGCUAGAGAAAAAACUCUGCAAAGAAGGUGGUAUUGAUUUCAGCAAGCCCACAUUCUUUAUGGCCGAGUGCGUCCUGGUAUAUCUCCACCAUGAGAAAUCUGACUCGCUCCUCAGAUGGAUCCAUAGCAAGUUUCCUCAGUCUUAUUUUGCUAACUAUGAGCAGGUGAACAUGGCGGAUAAGUUUGGUAUAGUGAUGGCUGAAAACCUCAAGACAAGGGGGUGCACACUAGAAGGGAUUGCACCUUGUAAAGAUCUUGAUACACAGAAAAGUCGCUUCACCACGGCCGGGUGGCAAGGUUCUGAUGCAGUUGACAUGCAGACUGUUUACGCUAGUCUACCCCGCAACGAUGUCUAUCGCAUAGAAAGAUUAGAAUUCCUUGAUGAGACAGAACUCCUUGAUCAACUACUCAGUCACUAUUGCAUAUGCUGGGCAUGGAACGAUCACAGCAAUAUCGGACUGUCAUCUAUAAAGUUUGGAGACUGAGAUGGUUUAGAUGAUUCUGCUCAAUAUUAAAGCUGCCUACACACAGGUGCAAAGGAAGAUGAAUAUCUGAGGAGAUGAAGUUUGUUGCCAUGGUAACCUAUCAUACCAUCGGGAGGAGAAGCAGUGUUAUCAGAUUAUCUUUGGAGAUGUGCAGAUUACUUUGAAAGUGUUUACUGUCUGAAGUGUUUGCAUGAUAUGAAGCAUUGGGUUUGGCUAACAGAUGGUUUGCUUUCUUUUGUUAUUUCAAAAAGAACCAAUAAGAAUGCAUACAGUAUGUAUUUGAGAAUCAUCGAUUGAAACCUCUCACAAUGAGUUGCAAUUACCCGAAGCUACAUAUACAUUUUUGAAGUGCAGGUCAACCUCAAAACUGCUCUAUAAUGCUAGUUCAGAUACAUAUCCAAUGCAAAUUUUGUAUCUAUCCAAACUUUCAUAAAUGUAUAAUUAUUUUUACUUGUACUGAUUAAUGACAAAAUAUUUGACUAAAAUCUACUAGUUUUAAAGCAUGGUUUUAAAGAUUUACGGCCAAUUUUUGAUUCGUUAGUGGGAAAGUCCAACACAAAACUGAUUUGAAUAAAAAAGGCAUAAUGCAGAAAAAGUCUUCAAUAUCGGAUAUAAAAUAAGAAAAGUUACAGUAUUUGAAAAAAUCACCUAUUUUUCACAAAACAGUUAUAUAAAAAAAAUCCAUAUUUUAUUGUUCGAAAUAGACAUGAAAUUAGAUAUGCAUAUUGAACACAGUGAUAUGCCAAUGAAAGAGUCUACUCAUUCUCUUUUAUUUUAUAUUGUGAAAUAUGCAAUAUUUCAAUCUUUGAAAAAAAAAGGAAAAUAAUGAGACUCUUCAUCAAAUCACUGUUGUAAGUUAAUAACAAUGGCAAUUUCACAUGCUAAGGGAAAAUCAAAUGAUUUCACUUUAUAAUAUGGUAAAAGUAGUGAAUGGAUGAUGUCAUUGGUUUCCUCAAUGCCUACAGACCAUUUACUGCUUUUAUGAAAUGAAGCGAAACUGUAAGAUGUCAUUUUAACUUGCUUAUAUCUGAUUUCGAUAAAAUUUUCGGUGUUGCGCUUCUUUGAUUUUCUCUUUCUAUUGCCAUCAGCUAUUUGUCGGAGUGCACUUCUCCUUUCAUUAAAAAUGAAUAAUUCUGGAAUAAGUAAUGUAAAA